UGUGCGUGCGGCGUAUGGCGUGCGGCUUGCGUGAUGAGUUUGCUGCGUUUUCUGUGCCCUUUGCUUGCCUCGCUGUGGCAUCUUUGGUAUAUUCCAACUUGUUGCUCGCUCUUUAUGGGCUACUCAUUGCCUCGAAGAUCACCAUGAUCGCCUCCGACUCAGCGACAUCGAAGAAUAAAAAUGAGCCUGGAGACGCCACAGCCGGGAUGCGAAAGGCUUUACCUGUCACAAGUUUCGUGGGACAAACAUGGCCUACAUUAAGAACACUGGCCUCAAUUCUUGCAAGGGACCUGAAGAAGCCAGAAGAGCCCAAAGGAUGCCCUGGACAGUGUGCCCAUCAUCGUGGCUGACGUGGCAGACGAGGCCUCCCUGGUGUCCAUGGCACAGCGAACACGCCUCGUGCUUAACACGGUUGGGCCGUACCGCUUCUUUGGACGUCCGGUCGUAAAGGCGUGCGUCGACAGCAGCACACAUCACAUUGACAUCAGUGCAGAACCACAGUACAUGGAGCAGAUGCAGCUUGAGUUUUACGAAGAGGCUCGAAAAAAGGGAAUCAUGAUCCUGAACGCAUGCGGAUUUGCCAGCAUUCCUGCCGAAACGUGCCUUUCCUACAUGCGAAAGCACUUCCAAGGUGACCUGGAAGAGGUUGAGUCCUACCUGCUGAUAAAGCAAGGCUCUCUGGGCAUGAAAGUAAACUUUGGCACAUGGAAGAGCAUCAUCCAUAUGCUGGCGCACGCAUCAGAGCUCGCAGACUUACGGCGGCAGAAUCGUGAGAAGCUCUUCACCAAGCCGCUUCCGCAGCGCCUCUCACGCUUGACUCGAAGGUAUGCCUUGUUCUGGACUGAUGUGGCUAAAAGCUGGUGCGUGCCGUACAUGGGCUGUGACCGGUCCGUGAUGCUUCGCAGCGAGAUGUUUCGACACCAGCUGUGUGGCUUGAAGCCGGUGCAAAUUCAGACGUAUUUUCGGGUUCCUGACUUCAUCCAUGGUGUUGGACUUGCCUUCCUGGCGCUCUUCUUUCUCCUCUUCAGCUGGUUCAGCUCUGGCCGCUGGCUGCUCGAGCGGUUUCCUGGAAUCUUUUCUGCUGGCACGGUGAAUCGAGGCGGACCUACAAAGGAGCAGGCGUUGGGCUGCUCUUUCAGCUUGACCGUGCGCGGCCGUGGAUGGAAGGAAAAGCUGGCUGAGACAGGGGACCGCCAUAGUGGCAAGAUGAACCACUCCAUCACCAUCCGGCUGGACGGACCAGACCCGGCGUAUGUGGCUACAUCCACGUGCAUGGUGCAAGUCGCAGUGGUGGUGCUCAAGGAGAAAAAGAAGAUGGUCGUCGAGGGCGGAGUGCUGAGCCCUGGGGUGGCCCUGGAUGGGACAUCCUACCUGGACAGGAUCCAGCAACGUGGCUUCCACAUAACUGUGGUAUCUCAGCGAGGCUAAAGGACACACGUGACCAGCAGCAGGGAUAUUCCGUUGGCAGUGGUGGUUGCCAAGAUAAUGAUGCUAUUUUUUAAGAUGACGUCAUUUCAGGAGGCGGUUUUAGCCUGGCAGCCAAUUCCUACAAUUUCACCUCCAGGAGCGUUGACUUCAGAGAAUAAAUUUUAUGACGACACGUCUAA